UUACAACUCUUCUAUCCCAAACAAUCUUCUAGCAAAACCUCUUUGCCCUAGGCUUUAUCUUCAUAGUGACUCAUUGCCAGAUCUAUGGGUGUAAUUCAAGUACAAACGCCUACCUUUAAAUUUCUGCUACUACUGAGGAUGCAUAGGUCACUCAAAGGUGGUAUGCAAGCACUAAGAGCAGAGAGUGAAGGGUAGAUACAUCGACUAGACUCGGGCAGGCUAGCACUCCAUGUCGUCGCCCCUUUCCAGCUCCCAGAAGAGUACCCCUGGCACAGUUGAAAGCAAGACGAGAGAUAACUUCUCCAUGAAGAUCCUUCAAUCGGCCAGUUGCUGGACAGAAGGCUCUUCGGUGGCCGGGGUUCCCAAGGAAGAGAGAGAAGCGAAUGUUGGUGUUAGCAAAAGUAACCUAGUGCAUGUGACAACAACAGUUAAGAGGAAUGCAAACAAGAAGGAGAGCAACGGUCCUCCUCCUGGUUUUGGGACACCUAGAGCUACUUUGGGGGGACAAUUCCAACCGAUGAAGGAGGCAACAUGCUUCUCUCCAUACAAGCCAAGACAGCUUUUUAAGGGACAUGAAAGUAGGGAUGAAGAAGAAGGCCAAGAGAAUGAAGAAUAUGCUGCAUGGAAGGAAGCCAUCACAUGGGGUCCAAACCCUCUUGGCCCAUUGCUGCCUCUCUACAACCCUUUGUUGGGCCAACAAGCUUUCUACUCGAGCUCAAAAUACUUAAACAUGCUGCAAGAGAACAUGUCUACUAACCAAGCCCAUUCUCCCUACCUGAUAUGGAAUAACAAUCAAAUUGGGGCCCAAUAUCUCAGCACCUAGGACCUAAGAAGUGUUCAACCCAGAAAGAAGCUAAAAGUUUCUAGUAGGAGGAAGACGAGAAUUCACAUUCAGGAGCAGACUCACUUGAAGCCAUGGGAGAAGAAAAGGAAAUCCUGAAGACUGCACAGGUGCAAGUGGCUCAACAAAAGCCACACGGAGAGCCAUGGCUAUAAUAUGAUGGAACUAUCGUGGUAUCGGCUUUCGACAUGACUAUCAAUUAUCUGAGGAGUAUUCAUAGGUCCUAUAGACCAAUGAUCACAUUUUUUAUGGAGACUAAGCAACUAGACAAUUAUAUGGAAAUUGUAAGGAGGAGGGCCAAAUUUUUAAACAAAUGAAAAUGAUACAU